AUUAAACCUUCAGAGAUACUAAAUGUUCCAUCGAUACCUCCACUUAACGAGGGUAUCCAAUUGUUUCGCUCAGUGGGAUCACGUGACCUACGAAAGAUGCUUUCAAAUUAACGCUCUGAUACUACAAUGGGCAGUUCAUUCAAUUUUUUCUCUAUCUCGUGAAAAGAGUUUAUUUCCGUUUUGCUACCCACAUAUUUGGCGACGAUUUGAUUGCUUUGAGAAGAGGCCAAGAUAUUAACGGCAUUAGGGAGAGAAAACGAAAAUUUUCUACAAAUUAAUUGAAGAGGAAAACGAAAUACUAAAAGCAAGGAGUUAAGGAAAUUAAUUCCGCUGAAUAUGGCAUACCACAUUUUGGAAAGCAAUUCCUCUACCUGGGCGACUACUAGUUUGACGUCCAGAAAGAAGUACGAACAGAUGGAGAAAUUAGAGGACGUGAGGCUGAGCUGUAGAAAUGUGAUAGAAAGUUACAAUGCUUCAUCUAUCGGUCUGUAUUGUGAACCUAUCUGGGAUCAGAUAAUGUGUUGGGAAGCUACAAUGGCGGGGUCGAUAGCACAUAAAAGAUGUCCAACCUACAUAGAAGGUUUGCAGACAGAUGGUUACGCUAAGCGACAGUGCACAGAGAAUGGGACUUGGUACAUACCGCCGGGGCGGAAUGCGAGUUGGACCGACUUCGGAGAUUGUAUCAAGAAUAACAAAAAUUUAUACUCACCGGCUCUGCUUGAACACCUUGCACGCAUUAGACUGAUGUACAACAUCGGAUACGGCGUGUCCUUGUGUUCCCUUGUUGUUGCCGUGUUCAUUAUGCUGUGCUGCAGGAAGCUGUCUUCUAAAAGCAACACACUGCACAUAAACCUAUUCAUCGCGUUCAUUCUGAGAGCUUUUAUGUCAUUUUUGAAGGAGAGUCUCUUUGUGGAUGGACUUGGUCUGCAGAAAGACCUGGUAACGAUAAAUGGAGUCCCUCGAUUCAGAACGGACGUGGUCCAUUGGGAAUGUAAACUGCUCUUCACGCUCUUUGUGUACACGAUAUCUGCCUGUGCUAUGUGGAUAUUCAUGGAGGCAUUGUAUUUAUAUAUGAUGGUCUACAAAACCAUGUUUACAGAAAAACACGGAGUUCAGCUUUACGUCAUAUUUGGAUGGUUGGGCCCUUUAACAUUUGUCAUACCGUGGGUAAUAGUGAGGGCGAAGUUGGAGGAUUUUCUUUGCUGGCAUACGAAUCCAACUCCACGCUACCUGUGGAUAAUACGAGGACCUCUCUUUUUCAUAUACAUAGUAAAUUUCAUAUUUUUUCUUGAUAUCGUAAGAGUGCUAUUCAUACGAGUAAAGAAGAAUCAAAGAGUCUCGGGGGCGAGGAAAGUACGAAAGAUGGCUAAGUUUAUUGUGGUUCUGAUUCCACUGUUCGGGGUUUGUUACAUCGUAUUUUCCUUCCUGUCUGGAAAUGCCAUCGACGUGGAAAGAGACAUACCAUAUCUCUACGUCGAAAUGUUUUAUAACUCCUUCCAAGGUUUUAUAUUAGCCGUUCUAUUUUGUUUUCUCAACGAGGAGGUGCUGCAAGAAAUUCGCAAAGCGUGGUACAAAUAUGCCCUCCGAAGGCAGGAAAGUUUUGCGUACUCCAGAUCCGCGUUCACGACAGGCUGGAGGAAGGGAUCCCGCCACACACAUACCAUGUCCUCGUUUAUCGAUAGAGAUAGGUCAUCGGACCUCUCCAAUUCGAGCCGGCUUCUACCGAGAGGAAAAAACAACAAUGAUUGCAUGUCCAAUUCUCUUACGGACCUGCGGUCAUGUAACUCCGACAACGUCCGGCGAGAAACUUGUGAAGACAUCAACUGUCGGUUCUUAACUGUUCCCAGCGACACACGACGAAACAAUUCAAGGUUUAAAUGGGAAAACCAAUAGGUGGAUCCCAAAGGAAAAAUGCUCAAAUCACCGCAAUCUACUGAGUCCCAUUGACAUCAAUACGGAGAGAGUAAAAAUGGCUUUGAUUAAUGUUUUUUCUGUUUAUAUCAAAUGAGUUUACCAUUUAUUCACAACGUCCAUUUGAUGAUGGUGUUUUUAUUGUUGUUGUACAUAAUGUGACUAUUUGACUACACGGAUCGGAUAGGAAUCCCAAACGCCUGCUCCAGCAUCAGUUACUGCAGUAGAGAGCCACAUAUACCUCUAAGGAGCAUGUUUGGAAGAACAUCAGAACCUGGUUGUCUCCCUUCACAUAUCGUGUCACUGCACAGUGGGUUCAGACACUUAUUCCGGAACUGCCUUUUGUUUCAAUUCAAAUCAGCAUUCAUUGAAAAUUUUGAAUUCUUUCCUUGUAGCGCAAUUUAAGAUAUUUUGAAAUAUGAAUGAGGUAGCAGUUUUGUUUGGAAGUACGUUUACAUUGUAAUAAGGAGACGAAUCUUUGUAUGUAACAGUUGUUGAUUGAUAAGUGUUAAUGUAUUUUACUUACUUAUUAAUCGAAAAUCAUUUGCAUUUGUACCUGUUAUGGUUUCAAUAUGAAUAUCCCCAGAGAAAUUUUCAGAAAUAAAAAUAACAAUUGAUAUUGCC